GGCUCUCAUCAAAUGUUGCCAUUGGGAUAAAGGUGGUGCCUGCUAUACGGUACUAUCCUCCUCUUUCUGGGCUUUGUAGUCUGUUUGUGUUGAUUCUACCAGAAACCUCUUUAGCCAACAACACAAGCAGAAGGACUGCUAACUAUACCGGCCUCUGGCUCUGCACAUUGAAGGGAAACCUAUUCUCUAAUUACACGGUUGACUACACCACUGGUGGCAUGAUGAGUUUUGCCUGAGUAUUUGCAGUCUUGUUCAACGGCUGCAGUGGAAUCAUGGCAGGCUCUAGCAUGUCAGAUGGUGUCUUGGUGCUGGGGAGGAGAAGUGGAAACCCCUGGGUUUCUGAACUUAUCUGCUGGUUUCUUGUACAGGUGGUGUUAUUUGCUGGCAAAUUGAACACCGUAGCUGGCAUUGUAACCAUCUUCUUGUUGGUGUAUGCUGCUGUAAAUCUGGCCUGUUUGGCUCUUGAAUGGGCAUCUGCACCAAAUUUCAGACCAUCUUUUCGUUGUUUCACAUGGCACACCUGUACUCUGGGCAUCUUUGGCUGCCUAGUUAUGAUGUUUCUUAUUAGUUCCAUUCAGGCUUUUGCCAGCAUAGCAUUUUUGCUGCUCCUCUGGAUGCUCAUAACUGCCUGCCUGGGGCCCAUCUGCAACUGGGGCUACAUCAGUCAAUCUCUCAUCUUCCAUCAGGUUCGCAAGUACUUGUUGCUUCUGGAUGUGCGGAAGGACCAUGUGAAGUUCUGGAUGUUGUUGAUGGUUGCAAACCCUCACACCUGUACGAGUCGUGUGACUUUCAUCAACGACCUGAAGAAAAGCGGCCUGUACGUCCUGGGACAUGUGAAGCUUGGACUGCUUGAUGGUUUACCAACUGAUCCCCUGCAGAGCUGUUAUAAUUCCUGGCUGUCUUUGGUGGAUCAUUUAAAAAUCAAGGCGUUUGUGAACCUAACUCUGGCUGACUCGGUUCGGCAUGGAGUUCAAAAUCUGCUGUUCAUCUCGGGCUUUGGUGGGAUGAGACCAAACACUCUUGUGCUGGGUUUUUAUGAUGAUUGCACACCUGAAGAUGGCCUCACCAGUCAAAUUAUCCCAUCAAAUUAUCUCUGAUUCAGUGUGUGCAGCUACAGCCUCUGAGCUUCUUCUUCUUCUCAAGGAACUUAGGAUAUCAGCUUAACUUUACUGAAGUUCUAGGCUAAUGCUGACAUAUUUACUGUUUGAUAUGGCUAAUUAAUUUGGUUUGUAAGAUGCUUAAGUUCCUGACAAUUUUGUACAGACAAAAAGUACAAGGUGUAAUUGUUCUCAAACAUGGUUUUAAAAGUUCUAAAAUUUAACAAGUAGCUCUUCUGCCUGGCUGAUGUAUGUUUUCACUCGUCAUUAUAUAUGAAAGUUAGAAUUUUUGUGUUUGGAGAUAACCUAAGGAGGACCAAUACAGGGGAAAUUGUACAGAUGGGGAAAAUUGAAGUAACCUAUUUAUUAUUGCUUUCAUUAUCAAUGUCAUCUUAAAAGUGAAUUUAGUAAAAACUGAUUUAUUUGAUCAACAAAAUAAUGUACUCGGGCUGCGCCAGUCUUGCAAGUCGUGCAUAGAAAAAUAGUUUGUUUUUGUUAGUUUGUUUUUUUAACCUAGCCAUGCAAAAAUAUGACAUGAUGAUUAACUACUGGUGCAAGAGACAGUUGAGACUUUUUGUUUUUUUUUAUUAUAACAUGUUAUUCUCUCAUCAAAAACACUCAUGGAGUAUUACUUUGAUUCUUUCAUGCUCCCACGGCAGCCUUUCAGGGGUGCCUAAAUGCUUGCGUUCACAGCGUUCCUCUUCAGAGCUGCUGUCUCCAGCAUAGCUUCUCCCUCACAAAGCUCCUCCAGACUAGCGGCAGCAGCAAUGGGAAAAUACCUAGUGGAACUGUGCUUCUGCAGAGCUUAUCAGGAGCAUUAUUGAGGAGACAUGCUGAUGGACUGUUGAAAAGAGGAGCUUUUCAAAGAGACAGAUGCCCACUUUCAAGGCAUUUGAAGUCAAAUUUCUUCUAAGUCAUACUUAAUAGAUACAGCAUUUUGAUAACUUUUGAGCUAUGGAAUGAUGCAUAAUACUGCUCCACUUAAAUAUACAAAUUUCUGAAAAUGUCAAAGGAUUCAAGUAAAUUGCAUCAUAGCUUUCCUGCAAUGCCCUCGCCUGUUCUAAAUUAGCAUAGGCCAAUGUGGUUUGAUACUUGACCUACUUUUUUGCCUAAAAUGAACAGUUUAGCUCCAAAUGAUGUGCUUCUAUCUAUUCACAGUGAAUAGAAAGACUUUACGUCAUGUACUGAUUACUUCACUCAAGACAUUUCUUGUGUGUGUGUGAAGGUUCACCUCACUCAACAAACAUCAGCAAAUAGGUGAUUAAGGCAUUUUGCCAACUGAUUAAGCAGAGUCAUUGGCGGCAAAUGCCACGUGUGCUUUGACGAAAUUUCCAUGAGUUCAUUCUGGCUGAGUACUGACACCCACCUACACGUCUCUGACAAACAGCCUGUGAGAGAGAGUGUAUCCCCAGAUGGCGACAGGGUUGGCUCCAUCUAAGACAAAUGGGCAUCAAGAUGCUAUGAACUGCUUCGUGUUUUCUUGGUAUGUCUCUGUGGCUUGAACUUUAUUUGGAAAUAACAAAUUGGCAGCUGUUCCCUCGAAGCCUCCGGUUGCUCAGUUUGGAUGGAUGGAUGUCAGCUCUCUCCACCUACUAAACCAACAAGUAGAGAGGGGGAAGAACUGACUCACUUCCGGAUGCUGAUGAGAUUCACUGAUAAUGGAAAAGCACUUUAAUCCUUGUACAUUUUAUUGUGACCUUUUACUAAACUGGUGCCGUGUUUUUUCUAUACAUGUAUUUUAUUUGAGUAGUUCCCGUUUUCAAAGGUGGAACAUCACCUCACCACUUAAACUCCAAGAAUUUGAAAUCACCAUUUAACCUAAUGUUUUAUUUGUCAGAGUAACCUGUGAAGAUGUGUGUGCAAACAAGAAGCAUGUUUUUAAAGCACUCCCACUUUAGCUUUAUGUGCA